GGAAACCGACGAGGAGUCCAACAACUGGCCAUGACGCCCAUAAACUGCCACUCCACUCAUCUCGCCCAUUGGAAACAAAUAAAUAAAAUAAACACAACCCCGAGAGCAGUGGGAUGAGUAAAGAGAUUGGUUUAAUCGGCCGGGCAAAGGUGAAGUCAUUGUUUAUAAAAGGAGACGAGAAAUGCUUCGGAUCAAUCUCCUUCGCGUUCGCGUCUCUCUUCCUCCCGCUCUCUUCAAUCUUCGCACCAAGCUCACGCCCCAAGCCAUGGCAUCCGCAUCUUUCACGACGUCGUCUCAGCCCACCUCCAACAAGCUCCUCUUCCGCCAGCUCUUCGAGAAGGAGUCUUCUACCUACACCUACUUGCUUGCCGAUGCGUCUCACCCUGACAAGCCCGCUCUGUUGAUUGACCCAGUUGAUAAGACAGUGGAGAGGGACCUGUCCCUUGUAAAAGAGCUAGGACUGAAGCUAAUUUAUGCUAUGAACACCCAUGUCCACGCUGACCAUGUAACUGGGAGUGGCCUAAUGAAGAAUAAGGUUCCUGGACUGAAAUCUAUCAUUUCAAAAGCGAGCAAAUCAAAAGCUGAUCUUCUGAUUGAAGCCGGAGAUAAAAUCUAUUUUGGUGAUCUGUUUUUGGAGGUUCGAGCUACUCCUGGCCAUACAUUAGGUUGUGUUACCUACGUUACUGGAGAGGGGCCUGAUCAGCCUCAACCAAGGAUGGCUUUCACGGGGGAUGCCAUACUGAUACGUGGAUGUGGGAGAACUGAUUUUCAGGGUGGGAGUUCACAACAACUCUACGAGUCAGUGCAUUCACAGAUUUUCACUUUGCCCAAGGAUACGCUGAUCUAUCCUGCCCAUGAUUACAAAGGAUUAACUGUUAGCACUGUAGGGGAGGAGAUGCUUUAUAAUCCUAGGCUCACAAAAGAUGAGGAAUCCUUCAAAAAUAUUAUGGCAAAUCUUAACCUGUCCUACCCAAAAAUGAUUGACAUUGCUGUACCUGCAAAUAUGGUUUGUGGUUUGCAAGAUAUCUCUGCGAAGCCUGUUGAAGCAACUUCAAACUAGAUGUAGUAAGAGAAGAUUCGAGCUUGUUUGGAGCAAAGGAUCCGCUCAGCCUAAAAUUACAAUAGUCAUAGGGCUUUGGAUUCAACAGACCAGGAAGGCUCAUUUCUUAUAUGUAUUAAGAAUUCAACAUAAGGACGGUUCUCUAUUGUAAUCUUGCUCACGAGUGUUAAAAAAAAAAGAAAAAAGAAAAGAAAAGGUUUGGUAUCUGAAAAGAAGAAAGGAAGAAAGAGGAUUAGAUUCAAGACAAGUGAUGUGAGAAGUAAUCCUCGUAGAGGUAAUGUAAGUGACAUUACGAUUUACUGAGGCUUUUCAUUGUCGUUUACACAUUGGAAUAAAAUGGAAUGUCUGUUGUAGCUGGUAUGAUUUGGUUUCCUUUCCAUGUAUGUUCUCAUUUAUUGUAAUUCCAUAUUAGUGUGUUGUUUCUCUAUAUAAACAACCUUUGAUGUAUCAUAUGUGUAUUGAGAAAUAAUAAGAAUUCUUCCUUAUAAUUAA